AUGAACGCCCCACAGUCUCGCGUCGAUGCCCCAAGCCACAACGACCUCAAAGAGGCCCUUUGGAUGCUGGAGAUCCGAAUGCUUCGACGCAUCCUCGAACUGAAGCGUUCAAUAUAUUGGUUUUUGGAUGAGGAGAACUCAUAUGCAUUGAGGGAGAUUGACGAAGAAAUAGAAGAACUCAAUGACCCUCGAGCAUAUUGGCCUUGGCGCUUGGACAAUGAGCUCAACGCGCAUCAGCCCGACGUCCAGACCGGCGGCGGUAACAUCAGUGACAAUCACCUCAAUGGCAGCCAAGCUAACGGCAAUGACCCUCAUGACAAUCACACCGCAGUCAGUGAGCCCACGUUCUCGGGUACCCUUGUCCCAGCGGCAAUUCACGGAGGUCCCACAAACCGAAUUGCCCGAUUGACCGAGGACCAAGUCAAUGCCAUCCUUGAGGUCUUGGAGCUCCCCACUGCAGGAACCCCGGCAGACAAGAAGGAGACACUUCGAGUGGCACUGGGAGCUCCGUUUGUUUCCCCGGACGGAAACUGA